CUCAGUAUUCAGACUCAAUCCUUCAAGCGAACUCAUCAACCUCUUGAGGUCGAUCAUCACCAAUUAAGACAAGCAAAACGAGAAGAGAAUGGGUAAUGUGGUGGAAUUGAAGGUUGAUUUAGACUGUGAUGGGUGCAUCAAGAAAAUCUUGAAGGCCAUAAAAAAGAUGGAAGAUAUAGAAACUUAUGACCUUAACACACAACUCAACAAGAUAACGGUCACCGGAAACGUGACGUCAGAGGAGGUGAUCAGAGUUCUUCGGAAGAUAAGGAAACCUGCAACUAAUUGGGGGGAAGAUGGAUCGAAUAUCAGCUCCUCCUAAUUAUUCUUAAUUAAUCUCAUGCAUGUUUUUCCCCAAGUUUUGAUCUAUAUAUAUAUGUAUCUUAUUAUUGGUUAAAUAAAAUUUCAUUUCAUUUCA